AUGGCCUCCGUAUCGGGAACGUCCCAGGAGCAGCGCCGGUGGUUAGUGGUGGGCAUUGCUCUUCAUCAUGUCCUUACUCCAUGCCUCAGAGAUAAGAUCAAAGCUGAAUUGACUCCAUUCUACCAGCAUUUGGUACGAGGCUUUGGACUGGACAAACAGACCUACUCAGCCUUCCUGAAGAAUAUCCCAACGUCCACGGUGAAAUUGAACUAUGAGAGUAUCAAUAAUAACCACACUGUCCUGCACCGAAGCCACUACGACUACUGCGUAAAGGAUGAGGUGUCUUUGGCCAAACUGUUUAUGAAGCCUUUCAUGGCGCACUUCAGUGCAUUUGACAGUUCCUUUGAUUCUUCAGCUGCUCUUGCCGUUCUCUGCGAAGCAUUGCCAUUCGCGUCUGUUAAACUGAUUGCUGAGGAUGUGAGAUCAAACGUUCGUAACAAGUGGGCCCAUUGCGACUUCAUGGCUUGGACUGCAGCGCACUACGAUACCUGCUUUGAUCUCAUGGAGGCUCUGGUUAUGAAUUUAAAAAUUGGGCCUGCUGAUGAAAAAAGACUUCUUGAUAAAUUUAAACUGUGGAGAACACAAGGUACAGUUACAAAAAGUGCAGUGUGAGUUAAGUCCUUUAUUUACAGAUUUGUUGAGUGAGCCGAGGACCAGAACUACUCAAAAACUUCCUCGCCCCUAGGUGGGUCAACCUUUGUAGCCGUAGAAUACAUAUGCAACACACGCUCCCUUUUUCUAAAGAAACUGUUACAUCUUUCUCAGCUAUUUAGAACCUCCCUAUCACUGGCAAUAAGCAUUCAAGUGAGUGUAAUUUAUUUGCCUGUCACUAAGGCUGUCGCUUGACAUCUUCCAUGGUUCAUCUCGAUAUGUUAGUUUUGCUUCUUACUAAUUUUUUUUUAUACAGGGCUGGAGAUAUGUCUUGGUAAAACGAUCGAUGACACUGUUCUGCAAGUUUUACGAAACGAAGUUCAGCGACUGUCGGACUCACUAGACGACCAACGCAAAAAAGAAGGUGAAGACGUACGAAGUAUUUGUUCAACUCUUGCCUUGUUCAAGUCUGAAUUCGAUCGAGCCACAAUGGGUCUAAAACAGCGGUACUCGAAACUGGAAUCAACUUGUGAAGAGCUAAGGAACAACCAAGAUGUGCUCAAGAAAGAAAUAUAUUCCAUAGACAAAGGCCAGAGUGAACGUCUUAGCAUAUUAGAGGUACAGGAUGAAAUGAGGCAAGAACAAGUAGAUGACCUUUUCAGGAUUUUGGAAGUGAAAGAGGAAAUUAUUAGAAGGGACUUAGAGAUUUUGAAGGCAAAAAUAGAAAGUAUUGCACUCUCAGACGGUCCCAAAAACGUCGUCUUUGACGCUCCAGAGCAAAACAAAUGGUUUACUGGAAGAGAAGAGGCAAUAGAGAAGCUUGAGAGAUUUUUCACCUUCCAAAGUGUUGGGGAAUUACAAAUGGCAGCCCCUUGCGGUCUUGGCGGUUGUGGAAAGACAACUUUGGGAGCUCAGUUUGCUUGGAAACAUAAGGGUAAAUAUGAAGGAGGUGUAUUUUGGAUCUCCAUGGAAGAUGACAAGAAGCUGGAAAAAUCUAUGAAUGACUUAGCCUUGCGUUUAGGAAUAUUAGCAGACACUUUUGAUUUGACAUUAUCCAAGGUUCUUACUUGGAUCUCACGGCAGAAAAAGCGAUGGCUUUUGGUCCUUGAUGACGUUGACCAGCUUCAUCUAUCUGAACAAAUGCACAAAGUUCUGUCUGGUCGAUGGAAAAGGCAAGCAGGAGGCCACAUACUGCUAACAACUAGACGUGAACCCAAAGUAGUUUGCGAGUCCAUGGAUCUCGAGGAAACUUGUUGUGUCGAGAUUUUCACCUUCUCAGAUGAGGAAGCAAAGAGUUUCCUUGCUACGCGAUGUGAAGGUACAGUUGGAGAAUUUAAGGGUGAGCUGGAUGAGCUGGUUCGUGAACUUGGCUGUCUACCGCUCGCUUUAGAACAAGCUGGUGCGCAUAUAAAGGCUGUUCAAUGUAGCUUUGGUACCUACCUUGUAGAGUACAAAAAGCAGAGGCUAAAGUUGUUAAAUCGGCACCCACGGGCAAAACCAUCUUGGGAAUACGAGUCUAACAGUCGACUGGCAGUACACACGACAUGGCUUUUGAACUUUGAGUACGUCAGAAAGUCAUCACACGGAGAGGUUGCAUCCCGGUUUAUGGAGGCUGCAGCAUUUUUGGAGCCGAACGAAAUUCAAGAUGGCUUAAUCAAUCUUCCUCUACUUUCCAAUGAAAAGCCAUCUCAGCAAGAGUGCUACCAUUCUGUAGUGACGAAAAAUGAAGUGGUGGAGAUUUUGACAAAAUUUUCACUUUUUCAACGGAAAGGUCCAAACUCUUUUGGUUUACAUCGUUUAGUCCAAGAAGUCAUUCGCAGCAUGAUGACAGUUGAGGAAACCGCCUCUUCGCUACUUAGGGCAGUAAAUCUUCUUUACCAAGCCUUCCAAGAUUGCCCUUCUCCGGAUCAAAUCCUUCUAGAUAUAGCAGCAAAUGCGCAAGAACAGCCAUCGACAGCUGUUAACAACCCUUCUUUGUUUUUUUCGUGGUCGCAGUUAACCUAUCACUCUUGUGAGCUACAAAAACACAUAAAGGGCUUGAUAGAUCAGCAAAGUAUCGAACGAGAUAUCAAAACAACCGUUUUAACUCGCGAGGCUUCCCGCAUUGUGUAUGAAAACGCUGUGCAGUUAAGUGUCCACGGCCAUCAUGAGGAAGCCAAGGAAACCGAACGUUUCGCUUUUCAAAUUCUGAAUUCCUGUAAAAGUGAUACCGAGGUUGCCUUAACUCUUGACGAGUUAAAAAAGCUCUUCCCUCAUACUCUGCCUAUUCCUCAGCUGUUACAAAAAGUCAUUUCCUACUCAUCUUGUCCUUCGAAUCCAGACCACAACCAAGCCGUUGCAGAAAAUGACGAUGAUUUAAUUGCUCAGUUGGAUAGGUUUCGUUUAAGAGGAAACUCCCUUUUUAAAGAAGGACGUUUUCAAGAAGCAGUUGAAACGUACACGGAAGCACUUGAAACAGAUAAUAAGGCAAAGAACCUGGAUCCACGCCUAUUAAACAAUCGCGCAACUGCGUAUCUCAAACUGGGAAAUUACAGCAAGUGCCUCUCAGACUCUGAGGAAUACGUUAAACUAAAACCAAACUGCUGGAAAGGAUACACAAGGAAAGCUUUGGCUUUGAAUGGGCUUGAAAAGAAAGGCUCUGCUUUAUGUCUCGCGGCUAUGGCAUAUUAUCAUGAAGCGAGAAGUUGUCGACGUUAUGAACCUUUUCAUACCACGUUUAAGCACCUUGAUGGAAAGUGGGAAGUUGUUGACUCUUCUGAAGCACUCCGACGGUGCAUAAUUCAGAAUAAACGUCCACAGGGGAGAAAGAAAGUUCUUCUCCUUACCAACGAAGAGUAUGAAAUUGAAGGCGGACCAGUUGUUCAAAUCAAUGAAGUGACAAAUAUUAUGAAGAAUCUCGAUGGUUCUAAUGAUAUUGUUGACACCACUUUGACAGCUUUCUGUGAUGCAUCAGAUGUCACAAUAAACUGUAGUGGUCUUCGCUUCUCAAGGGAGUGUUUUCUACAAAAUAUAUCCUUUAUAACGCAGAGAACAAUUUUUGUCGCACCAGAUGGACUCGUGGAGUUCACCAAUUGUAGAUUUAAGAGCACUGAGACACAGAACUCAGCUGUUGUGGUCUAUGGAACAGCAAAGCUGAUGAACUGCACCAUCACUGAUAGCCCUGGAGGAGGAAUCACAGUUGAAGGUUUCAACUCAUCAGCUUUAUUGGAAAAAUGCGAAGUGAUGGGAAAUGGUAAAGAACCACGAACCUCAUCUGGAAUAAAAGUGUUCGACGAAGGAAGCAUAGUUGUCACCAAAUGCUUAGUUCAUGGGAAUACCGAGGGAAUUCUUGUUUCUGGAACUAGAUUUAAUGACAGCGUGGCAAAGAAAGCCCACAUACAAGAGACCGAGUUAUUUGAUAACAAAUUCGAGGGUGUUCGCGUGUCAGGACACCAUUGUUUGUCUUUUGAUGAAGUAGUUAUAUCCAGAAACAGAAUUUACCAUAACGGCGGGUUUGGCAUUGAAGUAUCAUUUUUCGCGGACAAUAUAGUGUUUGAAGAAAAUAUGGUAUUUGAAAAUUUCUGGUGGGGAGUAUGGGUGCAGCGCAAUUCAGGAGGCUCAUACAAAGGUAACGAGAUAUGCAACAACAAGAUGGGUGGUAUACGAGUUGGUAAGCGAAGCCCGGGAAAGCCUCCAUGUGUUGUAGAGUGCAAUGUCAUCCAUGAUAAUCGUGGUCCCGCUUUCUAUGAAGGUUUAAAGUAUUUUGAAGAAUGUUCUUUUCCAGGGGAGCUCCACUAUUAUUUCGAAAGGCAUGAGAACUUCCCUUUUUAUGAGAAGUUCUUAGCCACUUUAAGAGGCCAAAAAGACGCAUUUGAGGUUUCUCUUCCUGGUGCAGUUUCAGCGUUGUAUAAAUCAAACAACCACUGCUAUAACAAUGGAAGUACGCAAAUGAACUUAAAAGCAGCAUCUUCGAAAGCAAACUGUGCCUUUUGCUUUCGAAAUGACGUGAAAUUGUUGUCUUGCAAAGGCUGUAUGACUUCACGGUAUUGUGGUAAAGAAUGCCAGAAAAUGCACUGGGGCAAACACCGGUACAUGUGUCAAGCUAUGGGAAAGAUAAAUACCAUCGAGGUUAAAAUUCCAGUUACCUAUGUAGGCAAAGAUCUCGGUGUUACACGCUUUGGUCUUACACAUCCAAGUUUAGAGCCAACGGGUCCACAGCAUGCGUCUCCUCCCCCGAGAGAUGGAAGACGGUUUGUUGUUAAACUGCAAACGUGGGAAGGACUGCUGCACAAUAAUAAAGUUCUCGAUCCGAAAGGGUAUGUCAGUGAUGAAUAUAAUCCGCAAAAAGCCAAGAUUUCCAUAUAUGACAGAAGCCGUAACGUCGAUUUUGAAAUAAGAAAUCAGCCAAAGCUUUACCACUUAAUCAUGGAAUGUGGAAUGAUGGGAUCGUUUAUGUAUCUUGCCAAGAAGUUGUUUUGUUGGGCAGUAUUCAAAGAUGAAAAAACCCUUCAAAUUAUCACUCACGAGUUUCCGCCCGUACAGAGAUGGUGA